GAACAUGGCCUUUGUCGUUGGCGAUUCAGAGAGAUGUUUCCAUUCCAUACUCCUUUGACAAAUGAGGCACUUCAUUUCAUUUCAAGUGUGCAAAAUUUCAUCAUUUCCUUCUCCAGCGUGUUGACUUGGAAAAACAAUGAAUAAAUGCAACCCGAAUAUGUUUUCUCCUGUCCCCAUCGUUUACUCUGAACACAAGACUCACUCUACCAUGUUUCUUUUUCUUUAUUCUUUCAUUUCCCUUCUCAAUUUUUCCUGGAAAUUUCCCACUCCUUGUACGUCUCCCAUCUUUCCUUCUUAAUUGUUUGAAUGAGUUAUUAGCUAAUUGUUAUUCUGGUGGCUAAUGGGUUUUAAAGUUUGAUUUUUCUUUUCCCCUGCGUUCCUCUGGUUUAUGGAAUUACAAUUGCUAGCUUAGUUUCUUUGGAAUUGAGACUUAAAAUAUAGAAGUCAUGGCUGGGAUCCUAAGAAAAAUUCUCCAUGUUGGGCAAUCAUCUCCUCCCAAAGAUGAUGAUAGUAACGUUGAAUACUCAUUUGCUAUUGAGUACAAUGGUCCUCCCGUCAGUUUUGAUAUCCCCAGCGCAGUUCCGGUGGACGUUGACCAACUCCCAACUGCUGCCACUGUUUCUUCUUCCUAUGUUUUGAAUAACAGCAUUUCAUUGCCAGUUAUCCAACCUGUUGUAAAUACUAACAAAAUGAAGCAAAAUCUAGCCAGACACAAAAAAAUUGGUUCUGGUCUGUCCAAUGAACCAUCAAUUCAAGUUGUUAGUUUGGAUUCAUUAGGUCAGACAAUUGAUGGCAUAGGAAGUUGUGGCAUUAUGCAAAAUUCUCAUGUUCAUGAUAGUUUAGCUGAUGAUUGCAAGCAAGGUUUAGGGUUGCACAACAAGUACAUGGAUCCUCCCGAUUCUGAUGCAACAGGUUCCGUUUUGAGCUCACCAUCAGUUUCAUCAUCUGGGGUAUUUUCUCAAAAAAGGGAGGAUAUUCACAACAAUGAGACUACUACUCGCCAUGUCAAAAGACCAUCUGUUGUAACUUUCCGUGGCCCUGAAUCGUGCGACAUGGUCCAGGGAGAGUCCAAUUCCAACUAUUCCGAGACGCAAAGCAUGCAUACUGCUGAACAAUCUAUUGAGAGGAACGGGAAAAAAGGGUCAUGUUAUAGGUGUUUAGAGGGAAACAGGUUUACGGAGAAAGAGAUUUGCAUUGUUUGUAAUGCUAAGUAUUGUUGUAAGUGUGUGUUGAGAGCAAUGGGGUCGAUGCCAGAGGGGAGAAAAUGUGUUACUUGCAUAGGGAAGAAGAUCAACGAGUCAAGGCGAGAAAGUCUUGGAAAAUGUUCCAGGCUGCUCAAGCAGUUGCUCAAUGAGUUGGAAGUUAAACAGGCAAUGAGUUCUGAGAAGACAAGCAAGGCAAACCAGCUACCACCUCAGCUGGUUCUUAUAAAUGGAGAGCCUCUGAAUCAAUAUAAGUUGCAUGUUUUGCAGACCUGCCAAAACCCACCAAAGAAACUAAAACCAGGACGCUAUUGGUAUGAUAAAGUAUCUGGAUUUUGGGGAAAGGAAGGACAUGGUCCUUGCCAGAUUAUUACUGCCCAGCUAAAUGUUGGAGGUCGUAUCAAGGCUAAGGCUAGCAAUGGAAAUGCAAAAGUACUCGUAAAUGAUAGAGAGAUUACAAGAAAAGAGCUGUGGAUGCUGCAGUUUGCUGGAGUUAAUUGUGAAGGAAAACCGAGCUUUUGGCUAAGUGCAGAUGGAUAUUACCAGGAAGAGGGUCAGAAGAAUGAAAAGGGACCUAUAUGGAAGAAGACAAGAAUUAAACUUUUCUGCGCUCUCUUGUCUUUGCCGGUUCCUCCUAAUGUGGUGAACCCUGCUGGGGAAGAUGUCAGCCAGAGGACCCUGGAGCAGCAAGUGCUUCUUAAACUUCUACUAGUUGGCUAUCAAAAAUCAGGCACAAGUACAAUAUAUAAGCAGGCCAAGAUUCUGUAUAAUGUUCCUUUCUCAGAAGAUGAACGCCAAAAUAUCAAAUUGAAGAUCCAAUGCAAUUUGUAUGGAUACCUUGCUAUAUUGCUUGAAGGACGAGAACGGUUUGAAGAAGUCUUACUAGAGAAUAGAAAAUUGCAGUUUGCUGAUGGACCUGGUUCUUCGGGCGGUGCAAGCCAGAUUGAUGGUAAAACAAAAUAUUCCCUUUCCCCAAGACUGAAAGCCUUCUCGGAGUGGCUUGUCCAAGUGAUGGUAUCUGGUAAUCUGGAAGUCAUCUUCCCAGCUGCUACUCGUGAAUAUGCACCAUUUAUUCAGGAGCUGUGGAAUGAUGCAGCCUUUCAGGCCACUUAUAACCGGAGGCAUGAACUCCAAAUGCUUCCCAGGAUUGCUACUUAUUUCCUAGAACGGGCUGUUGAGAUCUCAAGGACAGAUUACGAGCCAUCAGACAUGGAUAUCUUGUAUGCUGAGGGAACCCAAUCAUCCAAUGGACUUUCUAGCAUGGAAUUCUCUUUUCCCACAAGAGAAAGAGAAAGCUUUAUUGAUGGUUAUCAACAUGAUCCAUUAGCAAGGUACCAACUUAUUAGACUGCAUCCCAGUAGCCUUGGGGAAAGCUGCAAGUGGGUGGGAAUGUUUGAAGAUGUCAACAUGGUCCUAUUUUGCGUCUCCUUGACUGACUACGACGAGUUUUGGUUAGACAGUAAUGGAGUUCUUAUAAACAAAAUGGUGGCAAGCAAGCAACUGUUUGAAACUAUAGUCAGUCAUCCCACCUUGGAGCAAAAGGACUUCCUUCUUAUACUCAACAAAGCUGACCUACUCUUAGAAAAGAUGGAGGAGGUUCCUCUGACUCGGUGUGAAUGGUUCCAUGACUUCAAUCCAGUUAUCAGUCACCAUAACAACAAUCUUACUGCUUCAGUGGCACAACGUGCCUUCCAUUAUAUUGCUGUGAAGUUCAAGAGGCUAUUCGAUUCUCUUACACAUAGUAAGUUGUAUGUUUGUAUGGUUACUGGUUUGGAGCCUGAUUCUGUUGAUGACGCUUUCAGAUACGCCAGAGAAAUCCUUAAGUGGGAUUACAACGACAAUAGCUUCAUCAGCAACGAGUUCUCCACUACUACCCAAAUUGAGGCAAGCACAACUUCAUGACCCACGUUUUGUGUGUGAGUGUGUGCUCUAAAUCACAGAACUCAACUCUAAAGCAGGGCAAGCACUUCUUUCUUUUGUAUUUACUAGAUUUCCAAUAUGUAAGUAUGUAUGUAUGUAUGUAACUCGAAAAUCAAUUAGAAAACACUCAAGCAUUACUGGAUAUGUUUAAAAAGAACAGCUAAUCAUAUACAGCGCUCAGAUACAAAAGAAUUGAACACUAAAAGCAGAGCUGGCUGCCAUAUCCACAAUAAAACAACUCUAAUUUACACAAA